AUUCGCAUUGAGCUUAACUAUUUCACGGUUAAUGCAAGAAAAGCACAUAAUAGAAAUUUUUUCAUGUUAAAUAAGUGCAAUAUAUUUUUUAAUUCUGAAAUUGUUCAUAUUUUGAAAAUUCGAGUUGCUAGAGAAAAACUGAUUACAGAUUAGGAAUCAGCGUGAUAAAAUCAUACAAAAUCGGGAAAGAAAUUUCAUAAAACAAAACUAUUGUUCCCCAGUGCUAUCCAUUUAAGAACAUUCGCGGUGUCUAUUUAUAGCCUUUUCCCCGUUUCCCACUUUGCGUUGUGUAUUUUUUUUUCGAUGUUCCCUCAUGUGAAAAUUAUCAAAUUAGUAGUCAAAAGGAUUUGAUGUAACAUUUGUGCCUUCUCAAUUUAUUAGCAUUCUCUGAAUAUAUGACACAAUUGCCAUUCACAGAUGCCAAUCUCUAGCAUAGACAACAAUCAACUAUCAUUGUCAGUUAUCACACAUGCAACUCUGGUGUUGGUCACAUGACCGCACGUGACAGUUAUAUUGUCACUGUGAAUAUUUCUUGUCUAAACUUUAGUGUGAAUUUUUCUUCGUACUCCAACGACAUCGUAACGCGCAGCUGACUGUCCUCUACCAGAAAAAGUAUCUGGCUCAAGUUGUAGAGAAAAAUUCUUAUUAGAAAAUUGUUAAUUGUAGGGUUUGUGUGCCAACAAACGAUUUUGUGAGACUCUAAUUCGGAGCGCAAAUAAAUUGAGGAGAAAAUGUCUAUAUCUGCAAAACAAGCAAACAGGGAGCACGUCCUGGCUGUUUCCAGGGAUUUCAUCUCCCAGCCACGUUUAACAUACAAAACUGUUUCUGGUGUCAACGGUCCUUUGGUCAUUUUGGACGAAGUAAAAUUCCCCAAAUUCGCUGAAAUUGUACAAUUGCGCCUUGCUGAUGGCACAAUUCGCUCCGGACAAGUGCUUGAGGUGAGCGGUUCGAAAGCUGUCGUUCAAGUUUUCGAAGGUACUUCGGGCAUUGAUGCGAAAAACACAGUGUGCGAAUUCACCGGCGAUAUUUUGCGUACGCCUGUGUCUGAGGAUAUGUUGGGUCGUGUGUUCAACGGCUCAGGCAAGCCCAUCGACAAAGGUCCCCCAAUUUUGGCAGAAGACUUCUUGGAUAUCCAAGGUCAACCUAUCAACCCUUGGUCACGUAUUUAUCCCGAAGAAAUGAUUCAAACUGGUAUUUCCGCUAUUGAUGUUAUGAACUCCAUUGCUCGUGGUCAAAAGAUUCCAAUCUUCUCAGCUGCUGGUUUGCCACAUAACGAAAUUGCCGCUCAGAUCUGUCGUCAAGCUGGUUUAGUUAAGGUCCCCGGAAAAUCUGUUUUGGACGAUCAUGAAGAUAACUUUGCCAUUGUGUUUGCUGCUAUGGGUGUGAAUAUGGAAACUGCUCGCUUCUUCAAACAGGAUUUCGAAGAGAACGGUUCCAUGGAGAAUGUGUGUCUUUUCUUAAAUUUGGCCAACGAUCCAACCAUCGAACGUAUUAUUACACCUCGUCUAGCCUUGACCGCUGCCGAAUUCUUGGCAUACCAGUGCGAAAAGCACGUUUUGGUCAUCCUUACGGAUAUGUCUUCAUAUGCUGAAGCUUUGCGUGAGGUGUCGGCUGCCCGUGAAGAAGUACCUGGUCGUCGUGGUUUCCCCGGUUACAUGUACACUGAUUUAGCUACCAUUUAUGAACGUGCCGGUCGUGUUGAAGGGCGCAACGGUUCCAUUACACAAAUUCCCAUCCUUACUAUGCCUAACGAUGAUAUCACCCAUCCAAUUCCUGAUUUAACUGGAUAUAUUACUGAAGGCCAAAUUUACGUUGAUCGCCAAUUACACAACAGACAAAUCUAUCCUCCAGUUAACGUGUUGCCAUCGUUGUCACGUUUGAUGAAAUCUGCCAUCGGUGAGGGUAUGACUCGCAAAGAUCACUCUGAUGUCUCCAAUCAGCUGUAUGCCUGCUACGCCAUCGGUAAGGAUGUACAAGCCAUGAAAGCUGUUGUCGGAGAGGAGGCGCUGACGCCUGAUGAUUUGCUGUACUUGGAGUUCUUGACCAAAUUCGAAAAGAACUUCAUUUCUCAGGGUAACUACGAAAACCGCACCGUCUUCGAAUCAUUGGAUAUUGGCUGGCAGUUGCUGCGUAUCUUCCCCAAGGAGAUGCUGAAGCGUAUUCCAGCUUCGAUUCUCGCGGAAUUCUAUCCCAGGGACUCCCGCCAUUAAAUUUAUUAUCAAAUAUGUUGCUUUUCUUUUUGUUUUAUUGGUUUUACGUUUACGUUGCAGUUUUAAACGCAAAGCGCAAUCAACCUACAUUCAACAUUUAUAAAUUAUAUAGAAAGCGCUAUGUUGAACCAUUUAGGCCCUAUCAAAUAUACUAUUAAUUAUCAGUUCAUAUGAAAAACAUCAAUAAUAAGUUUAACUAUAAAAUGGGAAAAAUGUAAAAUAGGCUUCAAACUGCAACUGAAAGUGAAACUGCAAGUGAAACUAAUUAAUUAUGGCCGAACGCAGAUAUUUAGCAAAAUAGGAGACAAUGAAUUGUAAUAGAGACGCGCUUGAUGAUUCACACGUCCGCUAUGUGUGGCGUUAAAAUGUUUUAUUAUAACUACUAAAAUUAUAAAUGUGUUAGAUAAAUUGUAUGCACUUUAUAAAAGUAAUUUAAACUACAAUAUUUGCUAAAUUAAAUGUUAUGUAAAUCAUAAAUACCGAUAACACACGUACACCGUAAUAAGAAUGUAAAUAAUUAAUUGUUUAGAAAAGGGGAAUCACUGUAGAAAACGCAGCAUAGAUGUGUUACUUCGUGUUUUAUUCGUUCAUUGUAAGAUCUUGUAAAUUAUAUCAGGUUUUUGUGUCUGCUAAUUAUACUUUUGUUUUAUUUAAUUAAAAAAACUUAAAGAAUUCUCUAAACCUAAAUAACGCAGCCCAUAACCAGUCGCAGUUGCGAGAAAGUUAGUUUGUUCUCACAUUUUUUUAGUUCUUAAGUUUUCAAGUUCGAAGUCACAGCUUAAAAGCACACAUAUACACACUUACAUAUAGAGCAUUCCAACUUAAAACUAUUUUUAAUUAACGCAAUAAUGUUUUGUUCAUGCAUGUAUGUUACUUCAAGUAUUAAAAAACCUAUCCCAACUCGUCUCACACGCACACAAACAAAGCUUUUCCUUAAACCGUGAUUUCAAGUUUUCGAGACAACCCCGCACACUUGGCGAAAAUCUAUCGUUAAUGUUCGGCACAAUUCGCCAACUAGUCUUUCAGUAAAGUGAGAGUUGAUGAGUCCAAACUUUUAUUUCUUCUUGUUUUUCACAGCUUUUAAAUUGCUUUAAUCAUUUUUUCACUAAGCAUACUGUAAAAUUUGUUGAAACUAACCACUGGAUAAUGAAUUGCAAAUAACAAUAAUUCAAAUAAUGUUUGUUGUAUACUAGAACACAAUAGCGGGAGCAGAAAUGUAAAAAAAAUCUAUAAUAUAAAUAAAUUUAAUAAUACAGUUUAUGUAUGUAUAAAACAAAAUUUAUGAAACUAUGUAUAUCAACUACAACAAUAAAGUGAGAGACAAAUGUAUUACUCAGUUAAA